AUGUUCGAUCCAUCGAAAUGGUUCGGACGAGCCCCUUAUCAACAAGUUGGCGGCGACAGUGAUGAUAUAGAAGUUGACCAAAUAUCAUUCACUAGUUCCUGCUCAUCGGGUGAACACGAAGGAUAUGUAACGGCGAUGGAUACAACGUCACACAGAGAAGAAGGCAGGUUUCAGUUAUCAUCCACCGAUUUGAUUUCGUUCGCAGAUGAGCUAAAUGUGCCUGGAACAUCAGAAGACAACUCAAUACUAUCCUCUGAUAGUCCUGUUUCCUCAUCACAGGUUUCAAAUUUCCCUCCGCCUUUCUACGAAUCUUCCAACUUGAAAGAGAGUAUCAUUGUAAGGAAUUCGAUAUUUUGGUUCACAGAAAACGAAGUCGAUGCUUCCAAACUAGUCCUCCCUAUAUCCAAUAAAGGAAGGGUUUGUCGAUUCGACCAUGAUGUGGAUGACAAUCAAUUAGAAACCAUAUGUAGGACUCUUCAAAUCUCAAUGGGGCUGAGUGAAAGAUCUCGAUGGCUUAAUCAUAUGGCACGAAAUCCAGCUCUAUCUGAACUGGCACGAGAGUUAGAUGAGGAGUUCCCGUCUUCCUUCAGUGAAAGCGUAGAAAACGAUGAGGAAGAUCUCGAAUCUGUAGACCAGGAAAUUGAGUCAAGACCGCCAGCAACGUCUUUUUCUUCUUCAUCCUGUGCUGGAUCCUUCCGAACAGUUGUUUGUCCCACGUAUGGAGCACUCACAGAGACAAAUGGGAUUCUCGAUGACACGACGAUGAGCAAUCUCGCUCCGGGAAUGGCACGGACAGUUGUACCACCACAACGUGGAAUUCAAGGUGUUGAGAUACAGCGAAGGAUAAACGAAACGCCUUCAGCAGUUUGCUCAGCUAUUAUUCGGCAAGUUGCUGAGAAGGACCCUCCAAUGGAUAGAAGAAUGAUUGAGUGGAUGAGAGGAUUUGCGGAAGUUGAUACCUGGAUUCAGGAGGUUGCCCCUGCUUCUCGAAAAUACGAUAAAUACUCUUUCGAAGUUCCUCCUUUAACUGAAGAUUGGAUUCUAACAGUUCACAAGCAGCCAGCUAUUCGUCAAGGUCUCGAAUCCCAACAAUGGAAAUGUGCAGCUUGCCGUCAAUCCCUUCACACUCACAACAUCAAUGAUAAGGAUACAUGUCCGAAAUUCUGUGAUUAUUAUGGUCUCUUCUUCUGUUCUCUAUGCCAUGGUGGCGAAAAGUCUAUAAUCCCUUCGCGAGCAAUUACGCAAUGGAAUUUCGCCGAACAUCCAGUAUCCGACCGAGCGAUUCGAUUUUUGCGAGCCGUCAGAGAGACUCCCGUUUUCAAAGUCCGUGACUUACCAGGAGAUUUGCUCAAGAAAAACAAAGCGUUGAGAGCUGUUGUAGAAUUGAGGCAGAAGUUGAAACACAUGGAAGGGUUCAUAAAGGUGCGUAUAAUUUGUUUAGAUGCUUCUAACCAAGUUUUCGAAUUUGGUAAUUUGAGUACAAUGUUUGCGAAUAUGGAUCGUUAUCUUCUUGAGAAUGAUGAUUUAUUCUCUCUGAAUGAUUUGCAGAGAGUCUAUAACAAGGAUCUCAUUUCCCUACUGGAGCCUCUGGCCAAGCGAGGAAGAGAACACAUUCUUCAUUGCAAGCGAUGCCGUUUGCAGGCGCCAGUUUGUGUUCGAUGUAAUGAUAUGACUGAUCGCCUUUUCCCAUUCGAAGAACGUGCUGUGGCUCAAUGCGAUGGUUGUGGCCACCUCUCUCAUUCCCCGAAAUGUCCGAGACGAGAUGUUCCCCGUGACACUCAUUGUCCUAAAUGUGCUAGGCUUAAAUCCAGAUCAAACGGCAUGAGAACUUCAAGAAUAAUUGGAGACGUUGUGUAG